GAUUAUGAUUAGAGUUAGAGCAAUUAGACUAUAUAAAUUGGCUUAUCACUAUCAGUAAUGACUUAACUUAAGACACUUAAGUUAAUCAUUUUAAUGACAUUGACUAGAUUCUAGAUCUAAUAAGUAAUAUUUAUUAUUUUUAUAUUAUUAAUUUCCAGACAUCAGACUCUAAAGUGAAAAGUCUAAUUUAGUUAAAAGUCCCUAAAAUCUAAAAAGGACUAAAGUCGUAAAGUGUAAAAGUGCCUAAACUGCCUAAACUGUGCGGGCUUAACUUGCCUUAAGUGAAUCUAGACGACUAGAUUCUAUGAGGCUGAGUAUAUCUAUCUCUAGAGUUGUAGAGUUUAGUCCAUAAUUAUAAUUAUACAAAACCAAAAAUAAUCAUUCACACCGGUCACCAGACUCACUCAUAAUUUACAUGCAAAAUGUUUAUAUCAGAUAGUUUCUAUUUAAUGAUUUUAUUACCACAGAAACAAUGGUAAAAUCACAAAAUUCUGCCCCAAAGCCGCCAAAGGGUGAUUUUUAUAUAUACACAUUCUAUUAACAGUAAUAAUAAUAGUAAUAAUAUUUAUUGUCGUGUAAGGAAAUUACAAUUUGUGUAUUACACCAACAUUAUAACUAUAGAAAAAACAAAAUGUAUGUACAUUCAUACCAGACUCAUUUAGGCAUGGUAAAUUAUUUAUGCUUGGGUACUUUUUGACAACCAAGGCCCAACAAAUUAGCCUUAUUGAAUUAUUAGGCACUCUUAUUAAGGCUUAUUUGAAGAUUCUUAAAAAAAUUUAAUGUAUAUUUUUAUCUUUAGGCUAUGAGCUUUUGGUGACCAGAGAUAUAGAGGGCUCAAGAUAUAUAUAGGUCUAUAUUAUGAAAAAAAUACCAGCUGUGGAUGAAGCAAUUUUUGUUUUGGCUGUGACUUUUCAUAGAUCUUCUAAUUUCUUAAGAUGUGGUCAUCUAUGCUAGAGGCCUUGUCCAAAAUCACAUUGUCCAGAGGUGCUCGUGAUGAUGAUGGCAUUGACCAAUUACAUCACUUUGGAACUGUAGCCUUAUUUGCUGCUUUUGCUGCCCUGAUUGGCAUGAACCAGUAUGUUGGCGACCCUAUUCACUGUUGGGUGCCUGCAGAGUUCCCAGGGCACCAUACAGCUUAUGCAGAAAAUAUAUGCUGGAUUUCCCAGAUGUACUAUAUCCCAAUGACGGAGGAAGUUCCUAGAGACAAAGCUGAAAGAAUGAAAAGAGACAUAAGUUUCUAUAGAUGGGUUGUUGCUGUAUUCCUUAUACAGUGUUUUUUGUUUAAAUUUCCCAACAUGCUAUGGAAAGAACUGCGCUCCUACUCUGGCAUCAAUGUUCAGAAAAUUGUCAACAUGGCCGAUGAGGUGGUGAUGUCUCCACCAGACAGUAGGGAGAAGAAGAUUUCUGACAUUUCUUUCUUUAUGCACAAGUGGCUGAAGAGUUACAGAGUAUAUAAGUGCAGCUCUUUCAGAUCCUCAGCUUACAAUGUUGUUGUCAGGGUGAAAGAGAAGAUGUCUAGUGUGCUUUGUUUUGCCUUUGGAAAAAGGCAGGGGACCUAUCUGACUGGGCUGUUUCUGUUCAUCAAGCUACUCAAUGUGCUCAAUGUCAUCUCCCAGUUUCUUCUCUUGUCUUCCUUCCUAAAGUUUAACUACUGGACUUAUGGAUUUGAUGUCAUGAGACACUUAAAUGGCAAAUGGGUGGAUAUUGACCACUUCCCUAGAGUGGUCAUGUGUGAUUUUGAGAUUCGGCAGCUACAGAAUGUACAGGACUUUUCUCUUCAGUGUGUUUUGAGCAUCAAUUUGUUCAUUGAGAAAAUUUUUGCUGUCACAUGGUUUUGGCUCUUCUUCCUUGGGAUUGCUUCAUUGGUCAACUUUUGGAAGUGGACCUAUGACACACUCUUCAGCAAAAGACGUGAACAUUUUAUUGACAAGUACCUGAUGAUAUUAGGUGAGGAGGAGUCUAGGAAAGAGAAGACAUUGUUCAAAAGGUUUGUGCAUGAUUACCUUCGUGAUGAUGGUGUCUUUCUUCUGCGGUCUGUAGGCAACAACUCCAGUGAGCUAGUUCUGAUGGACCUCAUCAAAGUAUUGUGGUCAAACUUCAGACAAGAGAACUUGAAGGAGAAACUCUCUGUUGCCAACAGCAAGCCCAAAUCUGUGGAUGGAUCUGCAGUCCAGGGUUAAACCAGCUUUUUAAACUUGAUAUUGUUUAGAUAUCCUAAGUAUCCAGCAUCUUUGAUUUAUAGUCGCACAUAUAAACAUUGGCCUUUUAUUUUAUUUUUUUGUUUUACUUUAUUCGAGGUUUAGAGAGUCUCCUACAACCUUUUAUUUUUUUCCUUUAGUAGAAUAAGUCACAUUUUCAGUCUAGUACACAUUUCUGCAAGCCAGUAAAAAAAAAAUCUGAAAAAUCUGUCAUCAUCUAUAAUACAUAAAAUAUAAGCUUUCAGAAUACCCAUAACUAUGUCAGUAGGCUAGAAGAAUUACCAACAAUAUUAGCAUAAAUUGUAAUUUUCUUUUUUGUAGAUAUCAGAUGGGAAAAAAAAGAAGUUUCCAUCUUUUUUUUUUAAUUUCUCCUUGUCUCAUUGUAUACUGUUUGUGAAUGCUUACAGGACUAGAGGGAAGAACUAUCUUAGGCCUCUUAAUUGGAACAAAUUACCAGAGCCUAUUCCUCUAAGGCCCUACUUUACAGUUUACAUGUGAAUUUCUUAGUUUGUCCUACCUCAAAAUGUCAAAUGAUAAAGAUAUUAUGCAAUAAAUAGACUAUACUAUAUACAUACUUAUGAAUGUCAAAGGUCUUCCAUGUUCUACUUUAACUAUACUAUACCAACUACUUUCAAUUUUAUUUUAAAUUUUAAAAAAACAUAAAAGAGAGCUUGAGCAAACAUUGUGGCAAAAUGUGUAUCUUAUAUCAUCUAGCUAACUAAAACUGGGAUAUCUAGCCUUUAUUGGAUUGAACAAGACCUUAGUAGUAUUAUUACACUGAUUGUUUGUUGAUAACAAAGCGAAUGAUAUUGGUACUAAUAGUUCCUUCCACUAGUCAACAAACCUUGAACCAUGAACAAAAAUGUUUUGUUUCAUAGAGGAAUGCAUUUGUUGAUUUCUUGUUUUAAUAGUGCACAUUUUUCUCUUUGCUUUUAGACAUGUUUAUAAAUGUUGAAGUUUAAUGAAGAUAUUUGUGUGAGUGUGAAUAUGUCUGUGUCAUGUCUGAUGACUUGCUGACCUUACUCAUACCAUCUGAAGUGUUGCUACACUCUGGCACAACAUUUAAUUAAGACACAAAAUAUUACACUGACAAGGUAGUUACUGUAAAAACUGCAAGUGUUUGUUUUUUUCCAAACACAUCAUAUUAAAAGCAGUUUUGGUUUUUCUGUUGAGAGCCCAAAUCUCAGUGCCUUUAAUAUCUUUGUCUGCCUAUUAUUUCUUUUUGAUAGAAUCAUUGUCAGCAUUAGUUUAUUGACUUUUGAAAAGACUAUAUUGGCUUACCAUAUGCCUUAAACGAUUACUCAUGCUAUUUACACAAAAUUGUAGGGUAUUUUUUACCCUUGCCAUAUUCAUUUUUUUAGAUAUAUAUUAUUUUUUUUUAAUUAAAAAAAAAAAAGAGAUUGUCUUAUUGACUAAAGACAUUCCAUUUUGAUCUUGACAAAGUUGCUGCAUUUGUUGGUGUCUGAUAUUAUGUUCAGAUUUGAAUCUCUCUUUUACAUCUUUCUUUAUAUAGUUAUACUUUUCACACAACUUUGUCUUGCUAAAGAUAUGCAAAUGUUGAUAUGUAUAUAUUAAAUGUAAGCGUAAGCUACAUCAAAUCUGUGGUAACAUACUGCUGCUAUGUCAUUGAAAUAUAUAAGAUUGUAUCUACAUAAUGGCCUAUAUUUUUUUAAAACACAUUUUUUGUUAUAUAUGUUUGUAAUAAAUAAUUCACUUUCAUUUUAAGUUUAGAUUUUGAAUUCUAAACAAUGACAAAGGAAUAUUCAAAAGAAACAAAAAGCAUAUUAUGUGUUGGUGCUGUUGUUUUCACCAUGACCCUUUUGGCUUGAGGAGUUUUAUGGACGUUUCAUAAAACACCUUUUAUACUAUACAUUUUAAAAGGGAAAACUAGGGCCUAAAUAUUUAAAAGAAUAUAUGCAAAAAAGGUCCCUUUAUUUAAAAGAAAAUAAGUUAGAAAAAGUUUCACUUAAAUAUUGUGAACUAUAAGAUGUCAAAUACAUUAUUAGAUUAGAAUUGUGCUUGCAAAAAAACAACAUGUAUUAAUGUUUUGAAAGGUGUAUUUACAUGUGUAUACAUCUACAAUAUUUAGCACCAAAAUGUCAGUCACCAAAACUGAGUUGCCAAAAUGCCCUACUUCAAGGAGAAAAAUUGAUUGACUGAGGUGAAUGUGAUGACCAUGUUUCUUUAGGACAUUAUUGCAUGACAAUAUGAUCUGGCAUGACAACAGUACCUUUGGCAACUGCUUAUUGUCAUGGCAACAUAUAGUCAGUGUGGCAACUAAUUCAUUUACUGAUGUUAAACAUUCCCUAUUUUUGUUAACAUGGUCAUGGUAUUAAUACUAAGUAACUUAAAUGUUAUUCUAAGAUCAUUUUUUUUUAUUCCUAAAGCUAAGAUGAUAUUAAAACAAGCAGGACUUUAUUUCUUCACUUUACAUUGCUUUAGAUAAUGUGUUGUUCUUUAGCUUUUGCCCUGUAUUGUGAUGUAUGAACAGUUUAUGCCUUUAGUGUAAUGUGUUUGUAAAUAAUAGUUUUUGAAAUAAUGUAUAUUUUAUUUAUUUUUUAGCAUUUAUUGGAGUUUUUAAAGUUUUGUUGUUAUUUGUUGUACAUUUCAGCAAAUCUUUUUCUUGAAGAACCUGCAAUGAUUAUAAUUUUUAUAUUUCUCUAGAUAUUUAUAGUUCUAUAAUCUCUUCUUUUUAUUUGUGCUAACUUGAUUUCAAUGUCUCUGUGCAUCUAAUGACUCAAACAUAUGUGUACUGUAUAACAUAUUCAUUAGGAUGAACAAGGAUUUAGGUUGACUUGAUUUGAUUCUAAUGGUUUGUAAAUAGCAAUGGAGUUUCUCAUUGCUGGUUAUACACAUAUGGCUUGACAUCUUACUUUGGAGUGUAUCUUUAACCACUGUAAUUUCUUCUAGUCAUAAAUGGUGUUAAAAGAUAAACUCUUAAGAUAAAAAAUUGUAUCAAUUUUUGUUCAUCAGAAGUGCAAUACCAUUGAUUAGAAUGAUUCUAUUUGACAUCCAUCUAAAUCAGAUAAAUCUGUUGUUUUGUCAUCAGCCUUCCAAUAAGUAAUCCAAGUGCAGCCUAUUUAGCUUCCAAAAUCCACUUGUAUUCCAUGAGUACUUAGCAUUGUUUGGAAUAUUAAUGUAUGAAUUGUAGCAUUGAAAAUCUUGAAAUGCUCUUAUUGAAUUGGAUGAUACAUAGUCUUUGAGCAACUAGCCAUUCUAGGAUUUGUUUAUAGUACUGAAUUUGUGGGCUUUGUUGGUUUUUCUUUUUUUAUAUUUUGUAUAGUCAUUUUUAUGUCAUUUGGGUUUUGGUAAAACCUAAGAAUAUUUAUUGUUCAUUACAUGCCUAUGCCUGAUAGUUGAAUGAUUCUAUAUGUCAAUACCUCUCUUAAUGAUUGGAUAGUGCUGCAGUAUUUCAAUGUUGUUGAAGAAGUCAUACUUAGUUUCCAGCUCAAGAUGUAAGCCUACUUAUUAUGUCCCUUUGGUUGUGCUCAUUUCAAAGCUGUCUUAAGUCUGUUUCUAUUUCAAAACAUUUCAUUGAAUUAUUAAUUGAAUUGAAACAAUGUGCUUAUAAUGUACAAUAUUUAUAUAUAAAUGAAUGUUUUUAUUAUGUACAAUAUUUAUUUAUAAUUUUUUUUAGGAUGCGUUUUUAUAGAUAUGCUACUUUUAGAGUGCAAAAUCUCUAAAUCUGUAGAUUACCUAGUAAAUCUGCACAUUACCUGACUUGCUUUGUUAUUGUGCAUCAUUUGCAUUUUACCUGGUAAUGUGCACAUUAACGGCCUCUGUACUGUUAGAGAUUAUUUUAGGGAUUAGGAUUAGUGUUAGAGUUAGGGUUAAGGGUAUGGUAGGGAUAAGGAUUAGUAGUAGGAUUUGGGUUGCCUAGGUAAUUUACAAAUAAAUCCUGUUUCUUUUCACUUAAUAUGAGUGUCUAUUAGGUAAUGAACACUCUGUUUAGGUAAUUUGUAAAUGAUCUAGGUAAUGUGAAUAAAUAAAACAAUUUUCAGCUCAUUAAUCAAUUUUCACAUUUUUAUUUUAGCAGUAAUAUAUGUUCCACCUUUUGUGUGCUAGUGUUAUUAAUUAAUUUUAACUUUUUCUUUUCUUUUUUUCUUUCAUUUGUGUGUGUGGGCCCAAGUUUCUGUUUUAUUCCUAAACUUGGCAUUAUGUUCAGAUGGUGAGUGUCUUUUUUAUAUCUAAAGAAAGUUCAAGGGAAUCUCUUUGUAAUUGUAUUUCUUGUGUUCUCUACAUUUCUUUGACUUGGUUGAAAUCUCAGAUUUCUUUGACUUUAUUAAAACUUUUUUUCUUUUUGGUUUAAAUAAUAAAAGUCUGUCAAUGUAUCUUG